AUGUUCCCCGUCUAUGCAGCGGUUGAACGACUUGCCUUCCUGGCCACCAGCUCUCUCUCUGCCUUGAGCGCCUUGCUGCUCUUGAAGACAUCGCCAAAUGACAUCCUAAUAUCCUGUCCCGGUACGUUUCGCGCUUUGGGUGUCAUGUUCAAGGCUAUUCUCCUUCGUCUUGUAUCAUGUCAGUCUAAUGCUGUAGAAUUCUUCAGCCAUCCUAUAUCCGUCCAUCUAGCUGCUAUUCACCUGUCAUCUUCAUCGUCGUCUACGAAGUAUUCUCUUUUACUCUCUUUUGCUGCCUCUUGCUAUCUCUCUCCUACGCCCAGGAUUGCGUAUGUGGUCCGUGCGCUUCUGGACACGCAAAAAAGAAGGACGACGGACGACGACGAAGACAAGCAAGAAAACAUCCUCAACCCCCGACUCGACGGCCGCAUAGCACAGGUUACGGCGUCCAACAGGCUGUAUCUCACCGUGUCUUCCUCUUAA